AUGCCGCCAGCACGCCCCCUGCCCUUCGUCGGCGACUUCUCCUCGCCGGAGGAGUACGUCCAGGCGCUGCUGCGCUUCGUCCGCACGACGGACAUCUUCCAGAUCCUGUGCGGCGGCGUCCACAUCCUCGACUUCUUCACCUCCGAGCCGGGGCUCUUCUACGCCGCCCUGCCGCGAGAAUGGCACGACUUCUUGCUGGCGCAGGACAUGAUGCGGCUCCUGGACCUGUUUAUGAGGGAUGAUCUCGACAAGCUGGACUUUGAGGACGGCAGUGAGCCGCCAGAGAGCUUGCUGCGGUACAUAAGGUCCAUCCGCGAUCUUUCUAUGGACCGGCAGUUUCACACGCCUGCGGAAAAGCUGCCCGUCCUUCCGCGGUCUGUGUCUGUGGGGAUGAAGCCCAAGAAGAUCCAUGAGGUCUCCAGCUUUGCCUCGUACCUCACUCGUCUCUCAGACGACAUCCAAUCUACCUCGUCGCCCACGAGUGGGAGCACGGCAGACGCUGGCAUCACGCACUUUGUCGACUUUGGCAGCGGCCAAAACUACCUCGGUCGCGCUCUUGCCAGCGAGCCGUACAACAGGCGUGUUGUCGCCGUGGAGGGUCGCGAGAACAACGUUGCCGGCGCACGGGUCCUCGAUCGCCUAUCCGGCCUCGCGAUCAAGCAAAAGGUGAUGCGAAACAAGAAGCUCUGGAAUCAGAUCCUCGAGGUUCGCGGCGCCGACAAGGAGGACGACCCCGAGGCUCUUGCCGCCGCCGUGAAACAAGUCGCUGGGUCCGAAGCGUUUGACUUUCGGCCCAUGGACCAGCUCGGGUGGACAUACUCGGUCGAUGAGGGCAAGGGUCAAGUUCAGUAUGUGUCUGGUCGGCUCGACAGCGGCGACCUUGCCGAGGUCAUCGCAAAGAUUGACUCGAAUCCUUCUUCUGAGAGCGACCUAGAAGUUCGGGAUAGUGAGAGCGAGCGACAGAGGAAGCUAAAACUUAUGGCCAUAUCCAUCCACUCGUGCGGAAACCUCUCGCACUUUGGCAUACGCUCCCUGGUCCUCAACCCGUCGAUACGCGCCGUCGCCAUCGUCGGCUGCUGCUACAACCUCAUGACGGAGCGUCUCGGGCCGCCGACAUACAAGCACACCUACCUGCGCCCUUCACUCCAGGCGGUCAACGGCCGCGUCUUCAGCGAGUCAGACCGUCGCGACCCGCAGGGCUUCCCCAUGAGCGAGAGAUUCGCAACGACAAGCGCCGGCGCCGGCGAGCGAGCAGACGGCAAGGACGGCGAUGCCGGAGUGCGACUCAACAUCACCGCCCGCAUGAUGGCGUGCCAGGCCCCUCAGAACUGGUCCCACGAGGACAGCGAGGCCUUCUUCACCCGACACUUUUUCCGCGCCGUGCUGCAGAAGAUUUUCCUCGAUCGCGGUGUCGUGAGCCGCAUCUACCACGACCAGUCCAACCGCGACGACGACGCCGUCUUGGGAGAUGGGACGGCCGAAGUGCGCUGCGGGCCGUUCAACUGCAGCACCAAUCCCGUCACUAUCGGCUCCCUGCGCAAGUCGUGCUACGGCUCCCUGCGGAGCUACGUGCGCGGCGCGAUCGAGAAGCUCACCACGAGCAGCGACCACAAGCAGUACGCGGACGUGAUGCGCGAGAAGAUGGCCAACAUCACCGACGAGGAGAUUGAUGCCUAUGAGGCGGCGUACCUGCCGCGUCGGAAGGAGCUGUGCGUGAUAUGGAGCCUCAUGGCGUUCAGCGCCACGGUGGUCGAGGCAUUGAUCGUGGCUGAUCGGUGGACGUACCUCAAGGAGCAGACAGACGUCGUCGAGGAUGCAUGGGUGGAGGCCGUGUUUGACUACAAGGAGAGCCCAAGGAACCUUGUGGUGGUUGGCAUCAAGAAGGAGGCGGCAUAG